AUGCCGCCCAAGAAGAAGGGAAACAAAAAGAACCAGCAGGACGACUGGGAGGCUGAGCUGGGUGAGAGUAUUGCCCCGCCUACCAAUGCCAACGGUGCCGAUGGUGAUGCCAACGCCAACGAUGACGAUGAUGAUGCUGGCGGUGCCGGUGGCCUGAUGGCCACCCUGCGCAAGAACAAGGAGAAGCGCAAGAAGAAAGGCAUUGUCGAGCCUGAACCCGAACCCGAAUCCGAGGCCCCAGCUGCCCAAGAGCCUCCCGCCCAAGCCCCUGUCGAGGCCAACAUCGACGAUGAGUUUGCUCUACCCGAGAAGAAGGGCAAGGGUGGCAAGCAGAACAAGCAAGCUGCUAAGAAGCCCGAGCCUGCUGCUGCCGCUGAAGAUGCCGCUGAUGGUGGUCGUAUCCUGACCAAGGCCGAGAAGGAAAAGCUCAAGAAGGAGCGUGAGAAGCAGCGAAAGAAGGAGCAGGCCGCUGCGAAGAAGAAGGGUGGUGCUGCACCAAAGGCUGCCCCUGAGGUGAAAGAGAAGGAGGAAGCUGCCCCUGUUGAGGCUGCUCCCGUCCCUGAGCCCGCUGCGGGAGGCAAGAAGAAGAAGCUCCCCGCACAUCUUGCUCUGCUCCAGAAGCAGCAGGAGGAACUCAAGCGCCAACGAGAAGAAGCUGCCAGAGCCGAAGCCGAAGCGAAGGCCCAGGCCGAAGAAGACGAGCGCCUAGCUGCUGAGGAAGAAAAGCGACGCGAGGAGGCCAAGGCCAUCAAGAAGCAGAAGGAGAGGGAGCGAAUCGAGCAACUCAAGAAAGAGGGCAAAUAUCUCACAAAGGCCCAAAAGGAAGAAAAGGCCCGAAAUGAGCGAAAGCUCCAGCAGAUGUUGGCUGCCGGUAUCCAAGUUGGACCUGCAGGCGAGCCCAGUGAGAAGAAGUCUAAGCCUGCAGACAACAGGAGAAAGAAAGGCCGCGCCCAACAAAAGGUAUACUUUGUGAUAAAACACACCGAGAGAUCAGGAUUCGCUAACCCUAGACAGAUCGAUGAGGAGAAGGCUCUUGCAGAAGCUGCUGAGCGAGCUCGACAAGAAGCUGAGAAGGCCUUGAAGGAAGCUGAAGAGAAGGCUGCCCGUGAGAAGGCCGAGGCCGAGGCCAAGGCUGCUGCCGAAAAGAAGGGUGCCGAGAGUGAUGUGGAGGAUGACUGGGAGGCUGCUGCUGCUUCUGACGGCGAUGUCAAGGACAGCUGGGAUGCCGAUUCUGACGAGGAGGCCGAGAUGGCCAACGGUACAUCGGAAGCGAAGGCUGAAGAAGAGUCUGGAGAAGAAUCUGAGGAGGAGUCUUCCGAUGAUGAGGCUGCCACAGCUGCACAGUUGGCUGAGGAGAAGCGGAAGCGAGAGGCCGCUGAGCGUCGUGAAAAGGCUCACCAGGCCGCCCUUGCUGCCCGAUCGAAGGAUAACCUGAGAUCGCCUAUUUGCUGUAUUCUGGGCCACGUCGAUACCGGAAAGACAAAGCUCCUGGACAAGGUCCGUCAAACCAACGUCCAAGAGGGUGAAGCUGGUGGUAUUACACAACAGAUCGGUGCCACUUACUUCCCUGUUGAAGCCAUCCGACAAAAGACGGCUGUUGUCAACCCUGACGGCAAGUUCGAGUUCAAGGUCCCGGGUCUUCUCAUCAUCGACACACCUGGUCACGAGUCCUUUUCUAAUCUCCGAUCUCGUGGUUCUUCGCUCUGCAACAUUGCCAUUUUGGUCGUCGAUAUCAUGCAUGGUCUCGAACCGCAAACACUCGAGUCUAUGCGAAUGCUGAGAGAGCGCAAGACUCCUUUCAUCGUCGCUCUCAACAAGAUCGAUCGUCUUUACGGAUGGAAGCAGGUUGCCAACAACGGUUUCCAGGACAGUCUGGCUCUCCAGAGCAAGGCUGUCCGCAACGAAUUUGAGACACGUCUCGAAAAGACCAAGAUUGCCUUCGCUGAGCAGGGUUUCAACUCCGAGCUCUUCUACGAGAACAAGUCCAUGUCAAAGUACGUCUCGCUUGUGCCCACUUCGGCCCACACUGGCGAGGGUGUCCCUGACAUGUUGAAGCUCAUUGUCCAGCUCACUCAAGAGCGUAUGGUUGGCUCUCUCAUGUAUCUCUCCGAGGUCCAGGCCACUGUGCUCGAAGUCAAGGCUAUUGAGGGUUUCGGUAUGACCAUCGAUGUCGUUCUGUCUAACGGUAUCUUGCGAGAAGGUGACCGCAUUGUGCUGUGCGGUACAGAAGGCGCUAUCAAGACGAAUAUUCGAGCACUACUUACACCAGCGCCUAUGAAGGAAUUGCGUCUCAAGUCCGCCUAUGUCCACAAUAAGGAGGUCAAGGCUGCUCUAGGUGUCAAGAUCAGCGCCCCUGGUCUCGAGGGUGCCAUCGCUGGCUCACGCCUGAUGGUUGUAGGUCCCGAUGACGAUGAAGACGAUAUUGAGGAUGAGGUUGAGUCCGAUCUUGCCGUUCUCUUUAACCGUGUCGAGAAAACUGGCCGCGGUGUCAGUGUCCAAGCAUCGACCCUUGGAUCGCUUGAGGCUCUACUCGAUUUCCUUAAGGACUGCAAGAUUCCUGUUGCGAACGUUGGUAUUGGUCCGGUUUACAAGCGUGAUGUCUUGCAGUGCGGUGUUAUGUUGGAGAAGGCACCAGAGUACGCCAUCAUGCUCUGUUUCGAUGUCAAGGUCGACAAGGAAGCACAGCAGUAUGCAGAGGACAAUGGCAUCAAGAUCUUUACAGCUGAUAUUAUCUAUCAUCUGUUUGAUGCCUUCACCAAGCAUAUGGACGAGCAACUCGAGAAGAAGAAGGAAGAGUCUAAGAUGCUUGCUGUCUUCCCUUGCGUAUUGAAGCCCGUCAAGGUCUUCAACAAGAAUGACCCCAUUGUUAUUGGUGUUGACGUCACUGAGGGCCAGCUCCGAAUCAACUGUCCUGUCGCCGCUGUCAGGAAUAACCCUACAACCGGUGCCAAGGAGAUCGUCAAAUUGGGCAGAGUUACAUCAAUCGAGCGAGAGCACAAGCAAAUUCCCGUGUGUAAGCGAAAGGAGCCUUCCGUCGCAAUCAAGAUCGAGAUGGGUGGAAACCAGCCCAUGUACGGCCGCCACCUGGAAGAAGACGAGACCCUUUACAGUUUGAUCUCUCGAGCCAGUAUCGACACCCUCAAGGAAUACUACAGAAAGGAGGUCAGCAACGAUGAGUGGCAGCUCAUCAUCAAGCUCAAGCCCUUAUUCGACAUUUCAUAA